AUGCACUGCCACCACAUGAUCCCAGCAUUGCUGCUCUCGACAGCACCAGCAGCUCACGCCUGGGGCGUCCUCGGCCACUCAACCGUAGCCUACGUCGCACAACACUACGUCACCCCAUCAACCGCCAACUUCGUCCAAGCCAUCCUCGGCACCGCGCCGGACUACAUGGCCAACGUCUCGUCCUGGCCCGACACCUAUCGCCGUACUCCUGAGGGCGAGUGGAGCACACAACUACACUGGAUCGAUGCCAACGACGCGCCCCCGGAGUCGUGCGAGGUCGAAUACACCCGCGACUGCCGCCCGAGGGCUGCCAAAUCAACGGAGGCACAACUGUUGGACGCUAUUAGGUUUCUGAUUCAUUUCGCGGGCGAUAUCCACCAGCCGUUGCACACCGAGGCUUUGGAGGAGGGUGGCAACGGGAUUAAUAUCACGUGGGAUGGUAAGACAGCGAACCUUCAUGCGAUCUGGGAUACCCAGAUCCCGGUCAAGGCGGCAGCUGGGAAGAAUGCGAGUGAGUGGGCGGAGGAAAUGGUUGGGCUGAUUGAGAACGGCAAGUAUAAUGCCAGUGGCUGGCUAGACGCGACGAGUCUGGAUGAUAUCAAAGGUACCGCGAUGAGCUGGGCCAACGAUGCUAAUGAUUACGUCUGUACCGAUGUGUUGCCUGAUGGGAGAGAGGCGAUCGAGGCUGAAGGUGUCGACUUGGCUGGCGCGUAUUUUGAGAAGCAUGGCGAAGUCACCAAGGAGUUGAUCGCGAGGGCUGGGUAUCGGUUGGGGAGCUUUCUCAACUUGAUUGUUGAUGGACCAGCGAACGGGCAUUGGUCAGACAACUAA